AUGGCAAUCGCAUUUGACUCAUCGGCCGAGUCGCAGCACGAAUCGGCACUUGUGGACGCCACAUCGGUCUCUACCGAGCAGCAGCAAAUGACUUCGACACCCGGAACUGGCGAGCUGCUGGACCGUGUAGUCACCGAGUUCAGUCAGGCCUUUCAGUCGUCUCUCGUCCAGGUUGUAUCGGACAUUAGACGUGAUUACGACGUUCAUAUCGAGCCCGGCUCCAAGUUUGCAUGGAUGGAGAAAGGCGGUGCCGCUGUUGCACCUGGUGACGAACAGCUGCCCCGGAACGACGACGACGACGACGGUGACAGCGACGACGUGCGUUGCAUUCUACGCGAGCUGCAGCUCUCGCGGCUGCAAGUGCGGCAACUGCAGCAGGUCGUGGACGGCCUGCGCGAGGAGCAGCGUCUUUCAGAGAAACGCGUAGCACUUUUUGGUACAUUGUCGGCCAAACUAAAACGUAAACUUGUAGACGAACGUCUAGCGCUCAUCGACGCCAAGAAUGAAAUUAAAGAACUGCAACAAAGACGCAGGAGGGAAGAUACCGGCUCACGCGGUGGAGACGGUCGGUCUCCACAGUCUCCAUUGAUGCAAGAACAAAGUGAUAAUUUGUGGCAUUCACCAAACAAGCCCAUUGUCGGCGCUGCUGAUGGUGCUAGUGGACCAGGUACAAAUGGUGAUGGUCCGGAAGGGCCGAAUCUGAUGGGUUUCAACUUUUAUCCAUCGGCCUCGUCUCGAGGUGCGGGUGGUCAAGAGGGUGCCAACGACGAUGAUUCUCCAUCCACGUCCUCGAGCACACAGACACUCCGCAGCACUCUCAUAGGUCAAUUUUUGCCGUCCGCGUUGCUGGAUUCACCUCAAUUAACGCCCAAACACGCCAGGCCAUUUGCCGUUGACACGCUCAAUGAAGAGAAAGUGUCGCCUUCAAUAUUUCAACUGAAAGACGACAUAGAAUCACUGUCGCUCGCAGCCUUACCGACUUGUUCGACCGUAAAUCAACAAUGCACAUACAAAGGUACAGGAGACGAAAUAAAGGAGACAAGCCAGGGUGACAGUGGAAGAGUGUCGACGCUUUCGGCAGUUUCAGCUUUGAAAGUGUCUAUGCUGUCGGAGCUUUUUGACGCUAUCCCGAUCGAGGAGCUGGGAAUGAUCUUGCGGCGCUUUAAUGGAUUGGAAUCAGCAGCCAUCGACAGCAUACUGAGCUCUCACCCGAGCUUUAAUCCGGCUGUUGGAGCUGGAGAAAGCAGAGAAAGCGGCGCGUCAAUGGCAUUGCCUUCGCCGUCUCGGUCAUCUUCAGUUGGUCACAGCAAGACAAGCUUGCACCGCAGCAGUCAGAGCGGACCGAGUGUGCCUCCACCAGGAUCUUCGAGCAACUGGAAGACGGAGAUUUGUAUGUAUUAUAUGCAAGGCAAGUGCAACAAGACAAGGCGCACCUGUUCAUUUGCUCACGGGGAGAGUGAUUUGGUGCGUCCUAGCGGAUUGAGCUUAGGUGGUAGCAGCAGCAGCAAGCAUGGACCCACUUACAAGACUCGCCUUUGCCAAUCUUAUGAAAAUGGCACAUGCACAAAGUCUCGUCGCGAUUGCACGAUGGCUCACGGAGUGAAUGACCUGCGCGACGGAGCCAGCGCAAGCGGGGUCAGUGGAGGCAGCCAGCCGAUUCUGCCUCCUGCAGCUCCUAGGUUGCAGAGUUACAAGACCGAGCUGUGCUACUACUUUUUGAAGGGUAACUGCAACUACUCGAGGGAGGAGUGCCGCUUCGCCCACGGGCAGAAUGACUUGCGCACGAUGGAAAGCAACACGGCGCAGAUUGCUGCUGCAUCCAGUAGUUCUGGUUUUGGUGGAGAUUUUGGCCCAACGUCACCCAUCCCACCGCCACCGGCGAUCUCGAUGGAAAAACAGCUUCAACUUCAGCAUCAGUACCAGCAACAGUAUCAACAGCAUCAGUACCAGCAACAGUAUCAACAGCAUCACCAGCCGUCAUCAAUGACUUCUUUCCAGCCGCAGCCUCCUCCUCCUCCAGCUCAGCAACCGAGUUUCGUGCCUCAACACCAGAUUCAGUUGCAGCACUCGUCGAGAGGAGCAGGUGGGGCUGGACAUCAUCAGUUCGGCUUCCAAUCCCAGCAGUGCGACUUGGCUCAGCAGCAACAGCAGUAUAUGCCACCCCCUAGUCAAUACCGCUAUCUGAGGAAUAUGGAGGACAAGCGUCCAACGUCAGUUGGACGUCCACCGCGACGGGAUUCUGGGUCAUCUUGGAGCAGUUUUGAUGCAACGGGGCUGCCACCGUCGGAGUAUUAA